AGAUACGAGCUCCCUGGCCGGAGUUGAACAGAUGGAGAAGGCUACAAUGCUUCGGGCACCGACUGAACUCCGCUAUUGAGAAAGUUCACCAAGACAAGCGAGUGGACAGAGCAGUUGGGGUCUGUAAAAAGGUGGUGGCUGCCUUCUCCUACUCCUGGAAGAAGAAACGGGACCUUGCAGCUGCUCAGGAGGAGUAUCACUUGCCACAGCACAAGCUCAUCAGUGAAACCCCAAAAAGAUGGGGCUCCCGUCAACAAAUGGUGAGGCGGGCUCUGGAGCAGAAAAGGGCCAUCACAGAGGUCCUCUCAAAAGACAAGAAGACCAGGUCGCUAGUUCCUACUUGGCAAGAUGUGGACGUUUUAGAGUCUAUAGAUGCAGCUCUAAGCCCGCUCCUUGAAUUCACCGAUGCCUUGUCCGGUGAGUCCUAUGUCAGUGUGUCAUUCCUAAAACCAGUGAUGCAUCUCUUCAACACCUCCAUCUUGAAGGAAGCAGAGGAUGACACAGACCUCACCAGGACCAUAAAGACAACAGUGAUGGGAUACCUGAAUGAAAAGUAUGAUGACCAAGCCACGGAUGAUCUACUUGACAUGGCAUGCCUCGUUGACCCAAGAUUCAAGCUUCAGUAUACUCAGGAGGAGAAGAGAGAAUACAUCAAAGAGAUAGCUGUGUUGGAGAUGCUGAAGGGAGAGAGAGCUGUUGUGGUAAGGGAAGAGGAGUCCAGAGAAGAAGCCAUGGGAGAUGCUUCUGCAGCAGUGACACCAGCCAAGAAAACAAAGCAGUCUCUGGCUAGCUUUUUUUCAAACAGGUCCACCAGUACCAACACAGAAGGCUUGAGUGUACAGCAGGCAGUUGAGAGGGAGCUCAGCAACUACCUUCUGUCUCCAGAUGCUGACAAUGACUCAAAUCCUCUGGAUUGGUGGAAAGUCUCUCAUAAGAACUUCCCCAGAGUAAGCCAACUGGCAAAACAUUACUUGUGUAUUCAAGCCACAAGCUCCCCCUCUGAGACAGUUUUUAGUACAGGUGGCAAUAUUGUCACAUGUAAAAGGGCAUCUUUGAAGCCAGAUAAUGUAGACCAGCUUGUAUUUCUUGCCAGAAACCUCUAGAGCCUGUCAUAGGGUGUCAUCAACCCCCAACAAUGUCCCUGCCCCAGCAACAUGUGUAGUUGUUAUUGCUCACACUUUCUGUUUUCUUCAGCAACUCUGAGCAUUUCUCAUAUUUUUUUUUAUCCUGGCUGAAGCACUUUAAUUUCAGUCUAUAAGAAUAAAAUAAUCAGCCUAUGUUGUAGUUUAAAGUGAAAGAUAUUAAUAUUGACAAAGGUGAGAGUUUUAUGUUUAUUUGACGGUGAUUUCACAUUUCUUGUUUGUAUGAAGGUUAAAUUCAAAUAAAAGGUGAAUGUUCAUUUAUUUAUGCCAUUUUUAUUUCUAAAUUAUUAUAUAGUUUUAUAGGAGGAGAAGUUUACAGAAGUUUGAAGGUACAGACAUCUGUUGUGGGCGUCCUUGGCAGUUUUUCUGAGGAUUUAUAUUGUUCAUAUCGAUAUCGGAAUUAUAUCGUAUCGACUGAAAUUAAGAAAUAUAUCGUGAUAUACAUUUUGGCCAUA